AUGGCAGACACUAAAGGACUGGUUCGAGCUGUCAAAGUUAAAACACAGACCAGUGUGCUGGAGAGGCCAAUUACCAAGAUCUGUCUGCUGUUAGAAUGUAUUUAUGGGCCAAAUGAAGGAUGGUCGUCAGCCUACCCAGAAUGCAGAGAGAGAAACCAAUCACCUAUCAACAUCGUUGACCAGGAUACCAUAAUAUCCACCGAGUAUCAGGAACUGACACUGGAGGGAUUUGAUGCUGAAUCCUCCAAUAAGACAUCCAUGAAGAACACCGGAAAAACAGUGGCCAUUAUUUUAAAGGAUGACUACUUUGUUCGGGGAGCAGGCCUACCAGGAAGGUUUAAGGCAGAAAAAGUGGAGUUUCAUUGGGGUCCUAACAAUGGAUCUGAAGGUUCCGAACACAGCAUUAAUGGUCAUCGUUACCCUGUGGAGAUGCAGGUGUACAUGUACAACUCAGACGACUUUGACAGCAUGAGUGCAGCUCUGAGGGAGCAGAGGAUCAUCGCUGCCAUGGCCGUCUUCUUCCAGGUGGGAGGGAAGGACAACCCCGCUGUGGACCCCAUCAUCCACGGCCUGAAGGGAGUGGUGCAUCAUGAAAAAGAAACUGUCCUGGAGCCCUUUGUGCUGAAAGACCUGCUGCCCUCCGCCCUGGGAAGUUACUACCGCUACACCGGCUCUCUGACCACUCCGCCCUGCAGCAAGGUGGUGGAGUGGAUCAUCUUCAGCAGACCCAUCUACGUCUCCUACAAACAGUUGGAAGCGUUCUACUCCAUCUUCACCACAGAGCAGCAGGACCACGUGAAGUCAGUGGAGUAUCUGCGCAGCAACUUCAGGCCCAUCCAGAGUUUGGACAACCGCCACGUCUUUAAGUCAGCAGUGAAGGACGCCUGGAUGACCGACCUGACGGAGAGCAGCGGGCCGUAUGGCACGGAGGCUUCCAGAGCAUGCAGCAGUGCACCCAUCAGCAUGAAGGUGCAGCACGUGAACGUCAGUGCUCUGUUGGUGCGCUGGUCCCGUCCAGAGGUCACCUACCACCCCCCCAUCCUCCACUUCCUGGUGUCCUACAGCUGGACCACCCACGACGACAGCUACGAGGAGACGCACCUCACUGACGCCAAACACAAACUGGAGGCCCUCAUUUCUCCCGUCUCCCCCGAUGUGCUGUACCUGUUCAGAGUGCAGGCCAUCUGCAUGAAUGACAUGCGCAGUGACUUCAGCCAGAGCAUGCUCUUCAGAGCAAACACCACAAGGAUCUUUGAGGGGACGAGGAUCGUGAAAACUGGAAUGCCCACCGUGUCUCCAGCCUCCUCAGCAGACAUGGCCCCCAUCUCCUCCGGCUCAUCCACUUGGACUUCCUCAGGAAUCCCCUUCUCCUUCGUCUCUAUGGCGACAGGAAUUGGCCCGUCCUCCAGCGGUAGCCAGGCAACAGUGGCCUCGGUGGUGACCAGUACUUUGCUGGCUGGCCUGGGCUUCAGUGGCGGAGUGAUCUCCUCCUUCCCCAGCUCUGUUUGGCCGAGCAGAGCACCAUCCAACAACCCCCCCUCCGCUCGCCACACCUCUGAACCUAACAAACCCACCAAAGAUGCUUCUGCCGUCACCACGGCCGCAGACACAGAUAACAGCAAGGCCGGGGGGGAGGAUAGAGAGAACAGCAAAGGUCAAGGAGAGGACGGAGAGAGGGAAGGAGAGGAUAAGGAUGAAGAGGAGGAAGAAGAAGAAGAAGAAGAAGAGAAGGACAAGAAGAAGGGGAGGAAGGGAUCAGGAAGUAUGGGAGCAGCAGGGAGGAAGGACAGCAGGACAGCGGUGAGAGAGACACCCAGCGAGACACCAGACGCCACUGCAAAGGAGAAAGAACCAGAUCUAAUGAACACGCCUCCUGAUGACGAUACCCACCUGGAGGUGUACACCCACAAUCUGCCUGAGCCUCACACCCCCACCCCCUCAGAGGCAGCCGUUCAGACAGCAGAGCCCCCCGCCCUGAAGGACCCGGCAGCCACACGCAGACCCAGCCCAGGGGGGGACAGGAAGCACGGGCCUGUCUCAAUCCACACUGACCGCCCAAGUGCUGUGAUCAACCUGACCCACCAUGCAGGCCCGGGGGCUGGGGGGGGGCUGGGCCGUGUGGAGUGGCUGGUUCCUCUGGUGGUGGUCUCAGCUCUGACCCUCCUCUGCCUCACCCUCCUGCUGGCUGUGCUGCUCUACUGGAGACGCUGUUUCCAGACGGCCCACUUCUAUGUGGAAGACAACGACUCCCCCAGGGUGGUCCCCAUCGAAACGAACCCCGUCAUCCCCAUUCCAGAUGACAUGGAGGCCAUUCCAGUCAAGCAGUUCAUCAAACACAUCUCUGAACUCUACUCCAAUAACCAACACGGAUUCUCGGAAGAUUUCGAGGAGGUUCAACGGUGCACUGCGGAUAUGAAGCUCACGUCAGAGCACUCCAACCACCCCGACAACAAGCACAAGAACAGAUAUAUCAACAUAAUAGCCUACGACCACAGCAGGGUGAAGCUGAGGCCGCUGGCUGGGAAGGACUCCAAACACUCAGACUACAUCAACGCUAACUAUGUGGAUGGUUUUAACAAGCCUAAAGCUUACAUCGCUGCCCAGGGACCCCUCAAGUCCACCUUUGACGACUUCUGGCGGAUGGUGUGGGAGCAAAAUACCGGCGUCAUUGUCAUGAUCACCAACUUAGUGGAGAAAGGCCGGAGAAAAUGUGAACAGUACUGGCCGACAGAGAACAGUGAAGAGUACGGCAACAUGCUGGUGACUCUGAAGAGCUCUAAAGUUCACGCCUGCUAUACGGUGCGCCGCUUCACUCUUCGGAACACUAAAGUCAAAAAGGGUGGGAAGGGGAGCGGGAAGGCGCGGGCGCAGAGUGAGCGGACGGUGUUUCAGUAUCAUUACACCCAGUGGCCCGACAUGGGGGUCCCGGAGUACACCCUGCCCAUCCUCACCUUUGUCCGCAGGUCCUCCGCUGCACAGCUGCCUGACAUGGGACCCAUGCUGGUGUGCUGCAGUGCUGGAGUGGGUCGGACCGGGACCUACAUGGUGCUGGACAGCAUGCUGCGGCAGAUCAGAGACAAGAGCACAGUGAAUGUUCUUGGCUUCCUCAAACACAUUCGUACCCAGCGCAACUACCUAGUCCAGACUGAGGAGCAGUACAUCUUCAUCCACGAUGCCUUGAUGGAAGCCAUUCUGGGGAAGGAGACAGAGGUGGCAGCGAGCCAGCUUCACAGCUACUUCCACAACAUCAGGACACAGGGAGGAGCGGUGCGCACACAUCUGGAGAGACAGUUUAAGUUGAUAACACAGUGUAAUGACCGAUUCAUGGAAUGCUUCAACGCUCAGAAGGAGUGCAACAAAGAGAAGAAUCGAAAUUCCUCUGUGGUGCCAUCGGAACGAGCAAGGGUCGGCCUGGCACCUCUGCCCGGCACUAAAGACACUGACUACAUUAACGCCUCCUACAUCAUGGGUUACUACAGGAGCAAUGAGUUCAUCAUUACCCAGCAUCCUCUGCCUCAUACCACAAAAGACUUCUGGAGAAUGAUCUGGGACCACAACGCACAAAUUAUUGUUAUGCUGCCUGCCAACCAGGGACUGGCAGAGGAUGAGUUUGUGUACUGGCCCAGUCGGGAGGAGGCCAUGAACUGUGAGGCAUUCACUGUCACUCUCAUCAGUAAAGACCGACUCUGUCUGUCCAACGAGGAACAGAUCAACAUCCACGACUUCAUCUUGGAGGCUACACAGGAUGACUAUGUUUUAGAAGUUCGUCACUUUCAGUGUCCCAAGUGGCCGAAGCCGGACGCCCCCCUCAGCAGCACCUUUGAGCUCAUCAACGUCAUUAAAGAGGAGGCGUCCACCCGCGACGGGCCCACCAUCGUCCAUGAUGAGGUGGGAGCAGCGUCAGCCGGCACGCUGUGCGCCCUCACCACUCUGUCCCAGCAGCUGGAGAGCGAGGGGGGCGCCGACGUCUACCAGGUGGCCAAGAUGAUCAACCUCAUGAGGCCCGGAGUCUUCACAGACAUUGACCAGUACCAGUACCUAUACAAAGCUCUGCUCAGCCUCGACAGCACCAAGGAAAACAGCCUGUGUACUCUGGACAGGGACAUUAAUGGAACCUUGGGGUCCAUGUCGGACCAGUCUUACCAGGCAGAGAGCAUGGAGUCACUGGUCUGAGAGCGGCCCUUUGGGGGCCCGAAGCUUAGUUGACCUGGGGGGCCUCUUGUGGGUCCCUGAGCCCACAAUGGAGGCACUUAUCUUUGUAAAAUGUCAAGGACCUAUUGUGAGCAAGACUUUUUGAGGCCUUUUUGCCAGACUCUUGGUUAAAAUGAAUAACCUGAUUACUUUUUUACACUGAUACAAAGUUUUUGAUAUUUAUUUUUUUUGCCAUUUUAUGUCUUAAUGUUCUCCUAUUGAAGGGUUUGCACCCCAGUUUUUGAGUUUCACCACAGCGUCGUUAGGCAACGGGAAACACUUUUUCUGUCUUUUCUUGUUUGCACUAUAUAAUGUCAGUGUUACUGCCUAUACUAAAGCUGACUCACUUGGCUUUUCUCCACUCGAGCUCUGAUUUCUUUUUACAUUCCAUUGCUUUGGCCCGUAUCAAAUCAACUGCUUCUGUGAAGGACAUUGUUCUGCCAGUUGGUUUAAAGUCCGCGGACGGAGGAAGGCACAGACUGUCCGCCUCAGUGGCACAAAGCUCAGCGUGACCUCCUCCGCCCUCCUUAUCCACUCGACUCAUAUCACCAUUUAUUUACCACAAGAGUCACGAUCUUGGAACCUCCGACCACAGACAAGUCGCACUUGUUUUUAAAAGUUGCUUUGCUCUUCACCUUGUUUUUUUUGCCUAGUUUUCUUCUCACUUUCCCUUUUAUUAUCCAGUCACACUCAUGUUAAUCAACCUAAGGUGGUGUAAUAACUGCUACUGUGAAAUGUUAUUAUAAUUUCUUUCUUCAUAUUAUGCUUUUUAAUAUAUUGAAAUACUGUAUGUAUACAUAUAUAAAUAUAUCCUUAACAUAAUAACUUGGUGAUUUUUGUACAUGUCCUUUGUGGCCUCCCACCUCAGGCAAGUUGAUUUCCACCUCAUCUGAUAGUUUACCACUCCGGUUCUCACAGCUGAUCACAGCCCUCUGGAAGCGGACUCUCUCAGUCCUCUACCUUCUUGUAUGCUGCUAUCUCAUCGGAACUCAAACACAUAGAACAUACAUUAUUUCACAUUUGGAACAGAUAAUGCAAUGAUUCCCAUCUCUUUGAAAAUAAUUUCUAUUUUCAUCAAUUCAUUCUGACAGACAAGCACGGAUUGAGACCACAGAGACCCUCAGUUCCUCACAUGUUCCUGUGUUUAGUUUUACAGGGUUGAAUCAGUUAGAUGUGCAGGGGACAGGAGACUUGAAAACAAACAGGUUAGGUUUAAAGGUCCUUACACACCAAGCCGAUUUUCGGCGUCGAUAGAUUUGACUGAAGUCUCACCGCUGCAGAUUUAGGUGAUUUAAUUGUUUUAAUCUUUACAUUUUAUUUGCACUCAGGACAUCUGAACGGACAUUCUUCUGCUUUUAAAGGUUCUUAACAUACAUAUGUGAUAACCACACAAGACAGAACAAUCUGACAAUACAUUUGAAUAGAUAUUCCUUAAUUCACAAAUUGGAAGCCUUUAGCCAGUGUUCAGACUACCAUAACUGUUUUUGUGAAUUAUUUUCUGAUCAAUCACAAUCAGCUGCUACAUUUAGGGUUAUUAAGAGCUGAAGCAACAUGCUUUUAGAUUCCACUUGUCUAAUCUUGACUUCAUUUAAAUUAAUUUGAACUUCUCAUCUUCCAUGCUUGCACUUUUUUUUCACUUAUUAUAUUUGAUAGGGACAAUGCAAAUCAACAACUAAUGCUAUUGUGUCUUAAAUCAAGUUAGUACAAAUAGAAUACAUUAAAUAUUCUAACAUUGAAGUUUUGCAUUUCAAAAAUAAUAAUGAUAUAAGCAGCCUACUAAGACUUCUUAUUCACCAUCUGGCAUGACAAACUCUUGCCCUUUUUAUUACCCAGCCAUAUAGACACAAACAAAAGCUUGAGUUGUCUUAACUCACACAUUUCUUAUCAACAGUACUUAGACAAGAUAAUCCACCAUGUGAUUAAAACCCAGGAAUGUGUAUUCGAUUGCCAUUGCAUACAGACCUGAGAGGAUCAUUUUCUAUGUAUCACAAACUGGAAAUCCAGUGCUCACCAACAAUGUGUUAUUUAAGUAAGUAACUAGCCAAAGCUGCAUUUAAAGAAUACAGAAUAGGUGAAGGUCCGUUUCAUAUCCGUGCUCGCUGACAGAGGUGUGAUCACCCGCUCCAACCUCCAAAGCCUUGUGUACAUAGUUUCCGUUCCUCACUCCCUUUUCUCCAGAGAUGUCUUUUUUUGUGGUUUUGUGGCCUACAAUAAAUGUGUUCUGAUCAAGCUGCAGUAACUCCUUACAUGCACACUUACACUCAUAUUUCCACUCAGUUCCACAUUUAUUUGACAAGAGGAUGUUCUAAUUUAGCCGCUGAUAUUCUGUACCGUCCAUGGCGUGAAAUUAACACUUGUGGCUUUGCAUUCCAAGUGAAAAUGUUAAAGUGUUUUUUUCACACAGCACAAAACAGAUUUGUCAAAUGUGAGGGGGGAAAUGUAUUUUGAUUCAAAGAAAAACUUUUACCAAAGACAUGACUCCUUCCCGUGCAGAAAAAGAGAUUUAGCAGUCUUCUCUCCUUCUGCCGACUUCUCUCUCCUGACUGAAUGCUCGCUUCACCUUCUUACACCUCACACUAUAUCUGUAUUUGUAUCAGUGUCCUGAUGAAAAUAUGCUUCAUAGUCUCACUUCAAUAUCUGUUUGCUUUAACUUCAGCAUCAUAGUCAUGUAGUUACUGUUACACAACUGUUUGGGGUAUAGAGAUAUUUAUUGUCCUAGUUCUUUUGCAGUGUUACCUCCUUUUGAAAUGGGGGCUAUAUGAGCAAAACUCACUGUCUUAAUGAGACAUCAACAAAACAUGUACUGCUUUUGGGGCUUUUCUUUAUUGUAAGUACACACACUGCCUAUCAAAAGUGUUCAGUCAUACAGAAAGUGGCACAGCAACAUUCAUUUGCAAAUCCUUGAAAAGCUACCAUGAGCUACUGUCAGUGUUGAGCUAACUUUUAAUAUGCUAGCUAGCCAAUAGCAGUGCUACUGCUGGACAGAAAUAGAAGCUAGCAAUAUUUGGCAGUUGUGAUCAGGACAAUAAUAUAAAGUGUUUAAAUCAAGCAAAUACUAUCCACGCCCGACUGAUUUGACACCAUGGGUUGUCAGAGUAGUGUGAAUCAAAAUGGAUGUUCUAUCACAGCAAAUAUGAUAUUGGCCCUUAAUUUUGAACUCCUUGAAUCGUCAAUACCUCAAAGUUAAGCACUGUGGACAGAUUAGGUCAUUGCUUAACAGCAUGUAUGAGCAUGUCGAAUGUACUGAUCAAGUAAAAUGAACAUAUUUAAAAUAUGUUGCUGUUGUAAAUCAUGGUGUGACCGGACCUUAAGAUGGUUAUUCAGUUUCCCAUUCACCAUAUUCAAGCCAUUUUGAUCAUUGUGAUCAUUCCGAAUUAAACAUGUUAAAUAGUGCCACAAGCGCACAGAAAGCUGCGCUGUCAUAAUAAAUGUACAAAUAUUUUGUUGACUCCAUAACUCAUAUUCUCUCUGGAGACUAUGUUUGUAUUUCAUCACAUUUUAAAUUAUGUAAUUCAAACUUUCUGUAUUUCUCUUUUGUCUAUGAUUAUUUUAUUUUUUUUACCAUUUAUUGAUGUAACAUUCCCUGACAAGGCUCUUUACUUUCCACUGGAGCCACUCAUAGCAUCGAUGUUUAUGGUGAGUCGAGUGGAAGCCAGGUGUCUGCGUCCAGCUUGUGGUCGUCAUGACAUGCCAGUUUUAUAUUCACGCCCUUCAUUAAUGCCGGGGCACUGUAUUAUUAUGAUGUUAUGCCCUUUGAUUUUGUUUUCAGUUAUUUUCCUCUGGAUAAUUUUCUCACCAUUGGCCCCGUUUUGGAAAGUUCCUUCCUCUUUUGUAACAAGAAAUAAGACUAUGGAUUUAAUUAUGGAUUUUUUUUGUUCCUUUGGAAGCUAUAUCAAAGCAUUCUAUUAUAAUGUUAUUUAAUAUGUAAAUGGUAUUGCUAUACUUACAA